CUAGCUUUGAAAGAAAAUAACGACAAAGCCCUACUCAGACACGAACAUGCAGCUCUUAAAGAUAGCUCUAAAUACACUGCAAUCUGUAGGCUUUAUCGCAAAAGGCUAAACUCCCGUAAAACGGAUAUACAAUUCAUUUUAGAAAAUGGCGAAACCACUAGUGACUCUAAAAUAAUUUGUGAGCUUCUAAACUCCCAUUUCUCACAGUCAUAUACCUAUGAUGAUAAUACGUUGCCACAACCUCUAUUCCCUGUACGUUCACAAAAAACCUUAGAAAUUAUCAGCUUUUCUUUAGAUAAUAUUAAGAAAGCAAUCACUUCUCUUAAAAGUUCAAACAACCCAGGUCCUGAUAUGGUUCCCUCAACUUUUUUAAAAUACGGUGGUGAAGACAUUCCUAUUCUCCUUCUUAAAUUGUUCUCUACCUCUCUAUCAACUGGAACAUAUCCAGAUGCAUGGAAAACCACGCACAUUACCCCUAGGUAUAAGUCAGGCUCCCGUUCAAGUGUCAUGAGUUACAGACCCAUUAACCUAACUUCUGUUAUUUCAAGGGUUCUGGAAAAGAUCGUGAAAAGUGCCAUUUUUGACUUCCUCUCUCAAGAGAAACUUAUCACUCCUUAUCAACACGGUUUCAUGAAGUCACGUUCUUGUACGACAUGCCACUUACAAUUUUUCGACCACAUCUCACAACUUAAAGAUUCCAGUAUGAUCACAGUUAUCGUAUACUUAGAUCUUAGUAAAGCCUUUGACACUGUAAGCCACCGACUGUUAAUAUCAAAAGUCCAGUCCUAUGGGAUACAGGGUUCAUUGUUAAGCUGGCUCAGUUCGUUUCUAAGCAACCGGAUGCAGAUGGUCAGGUUAGGUUCCCACACAUCCAACCCCGUUCGGAUAACAAGUGGAGUUAUACAAGGUAGUGUCCUAGGUCCACUGCUAUUCCUGUUAUAUUUCAAUGACAUUUGCGACGUUAUUAAACAUGGCAGACCUUUCCUAUUCGCCGAUGACAUCAAAAUAGUGUAUCACUCACUCAGAAAUGAAGUGUCAUGUGUAUUUAGUAGGAUUCAAGAUGAUAUUGAGAGCGUCCAAUUAUGGUGUAACACAUGGAAAAUGAAGUUUAACGUUGAAAAAUGUGGUGUGCUAUGCUCCAAAAGCAUUUCAUCUGAACUUUCCAUCUCCCUACACAACAAACAUAUUCCUCGUCUGCCGCUUACAACAGACUUGGGUCUGAAAUACACUCCAGAAUUUAGCCUGGCUGAAUACGUUAAAUUACAAGUAUCAAAGGUCAAAAGGCUCUUUGGAUUUUUAUUCCGAAACUUUAAGACCAGUGAAUCCAAAAUAAUGCUGUACAAGUUGUGCGUAAGGCCCUUACUUGAAUUUUGUCCCCCUAUCAUGGACAGUGUCUCCGUAAAAGACAGAUGCAAAUUAGAAAGUCUACAAAGGGCGUUUACUAAACGUCUAGUAGGUGAUAAUCUUUGCAUCUCUUACUAUGACAGAUGUAAUCUAUUCGACUUGGAACCCUUAUGGGUUAGACGACUGAAGUUCAACCUAAAAAUUACAUUUAGGAUUGCCAAAGGGCUUAUAUAUUUCCCCCACAAUGACUUUACUUUCAGUUCACCUAAGAAAUAUAACCUGAGAAAUAAAUCUUCUUCUUUUAAAGUUCCCCGCUGUCAUACAAAAUACAGAUCAAACUCUUUCACUGUGAGAUACCGUUGCAUUUGGAACCGUCUUCCAACUGAAAUUAGAGACAGUCCUACCCCAAAAACUUUCUCAUCUUUGCUGAACAAAUAUUUCAUUAACAACGGGUUAGAAGGGGUAUGUGACAAACUAAAAAUUAGAGAUCUAAUACGGCACUCCUCUGAUCCUCACUGUUAGCUCCUGAAAUCUGUAAACCCUAUGUGUGACAGUCACUUUCACUAUGAUUGCUUUCACAACCCUAGACACCUAUUCUUAAUCAGCCUUAAAUUUUAAACUUUUUUUUAAUUUCCUUCAAAUAUUUUUGCAUAUAUCCCUGAUAAUAUUGUAUUAUGAGUAUUUCAGUAUGCUAAGGUUCAAUCUCAAAUUCCAGAUGCAAAUCAACUGAAGACGACUGGUAUUAAAAUAUCUCCAGAGCCUGCCUAGUGCUAUACGUCUAGCUCUACGCAAAUUAAGGCCAAAAUGGUAGUUGUCUAAAUAUUCAAAUAAACGGUGAAUUUUCUUAUCCUAUUAUUCUAUAACUAUAAUCUUCUCUGUUCAACUUUUCUUGAACAACAUAUUAUAACUUAUCACUGCUUAUUUGCUCAAUGCUGCACGAUUA